CGACAGCACAGUCCCCGCCCCUGCUAAGGCAUCGUCCCCAGGGGCGCAGGACCCCUCGUCUCCACUUGCAGACUCCAACUCCUGCGCCCAGAGAGCCGGGGAGAGUCGCCGGCACCUAGACGGUCGCAGCCUGUGGGGUCGCUGCUCUCCCUCCUGGACCUGACACAUCAACCCCACUUCUGCUGGCCUUUCCCAGCGGUCCAGGGAACUAGACCCAGCGGAUCGGCUAUUCGCCGGCCCACUUUAUUGCCUGUGGCCCGGGAUGAACGCCGCAGGCGGCGGCCCCACAGCCACCCAGGAGUUGGAGUCAGCGGACGUGCCCCUCUGCCCGCCGCUGCCCUGGCCCUGUCCGGCAGACGUGCGGCUCUGCGGCCACCUACGGAAGCAGAAGUCCCAGCGCCGCCGGUUCUUCGUGCUGCGGGAGGACCCGCCGCGCCUCGAGUGCUAUGAGAGUGAGAAGAAGUUCCGCUCCGGCUGUAGCGGCGGGGCGCAGCCCCGGCGCAGCGUGAGCCUGGCGGGCGCGUGCACCAUCAGUAAGCGCGCGGACGCGCGCCAGCGCCACUUGAUUGUUCUCUACACGCGCGACAGCAGCCUGGGCGUCGCAGCGGCCAGCGAGGCGGAGCAACAGGUGUGGUACAAUGCCAUGCUCGAGGUGCGCGCCGCCGCCGCCGCCGCCGCCGCCGCGGGUCCCAGCUCCCACGAAGACCCCGGGGCCUCGAUCCUCGCUCCUUUCCAGGACGUCUGGCCUGUGACGCUGCGGCCCAAGGGUCUGGGGCGAACACGAGGCCUGGGCAGCGGCGACUACCGCCUAUGCCUGGGUUCCGGGUCCCUGAGCCUACUGCGGAAGCCGGGGGGCAGAGGAUCCCGGGACACCCAGGCAUUGUCGCCACCCGCCCUGCGCCUAUCCCUGCUCUGCGUGCGCCGCUGCGGCCACGCAGACUCUUUCUUCUUCCUGGAGCUUGGCCGCUCGGCGCCCACAGGUCCCGGGGAACUGUGGCUGCAGGCACCCGAUUCUGUAGUGGCCCAAAGCAUCCACGAGACAGUCCUGGCCGCUAUGAAGAGACUCGGAGGCAGUGGUGCCAGUGGCAGGCCUGAGCCACCGUCCAGGGAUCCUCCAAAGAGCAUCUCCAGACCCCCUGUCCCCCAACCUUAUGAAUCCCCAGCCUCUGCAGCCCAGCCAAGAGGCUUGGUUGAGAGGAUGGAGCAAGCAACCCUUAAGACCUUGGCAAGGCUGGGAGUGGCAGCUUCGUACCCCAAGGAGUCCGAUGGGGGUGCGAGCUACAUUACUAUGGGAGCCAGGAGUGACUAUGAGCACAUGGGGGUUAGAGAGGCAGACGGCUAUGUGGUAAUGGGGCCCACAGGUCUUCCUCUCGCUGACAGCGAUACUGCCCACCAGACCCUUCCAGAUUGGGGAGGCACGGAGUACAUGCCCAUGAAGAGCUUUCCACCAGAGCACUUUUCCUACAAGUCCAAGGCCCAGAAGCCUGCACCAGAGCAUAGCAGCAAAAGGGACGGCUGGGGACCUGCAGGUGCUCGGCCCUGCUCUCUGCCGCCGUCAAAGCUGGCUGGGGAGUACGUGUGCAUUAAGUAUGGGGCUCCAGACUUGGUAGAAAAGGACACUGCUAGGCUGGCGCCCUCCGAUGGCUACCUCAAUUAUGUCGACCUGGACCUGGUCCCUCCUCUAGACGCUCGUGGCCACGGCCCAAGGGCCGGCCCGCACAGCUACGCGCGCAUCGAGUUCUAGAACCUCUGGGAGGCGCCGGUGAGCAGACGGGGGCACUGGCCAGCGGAAGAAUGUGAAACUCGCCAAAGUUACCAAUGUCCCCCAUCCCGCUCAUGCCUUCUAACACCCCCUACCGCGACUAAAAGGCCAAAGUCUUGACCUCCAAUCUGAGACUUGCAGAGGCACUGGGUUGCCCCUUGGCCAGCUCUGUUCUUUUAAGGGAGAGAAUUCUAGAACCUCUUCUACCUCCCCCCAACCUACCUCUUCCCCAAAUUAUAAACUUCUGGACUUUCUCAAUUGAAACCCUGAUCCUGUUUCCCUAAAGAGUUCCUAGAGAAUCAGACUCAGGUGGGCUCUUAGGCCACAGAUGAAGGUUCCUGUUUGGCUUGGUGUUCCUGCACACACCUGCAGUGCCUUAGUGUGAAUUCCUGGGGCCCUAGCUCAAGAAGAAUGGAAGGAUCUUAAAACACCCGGCCUCCUUCUUAGUCCACCGCUCCCAGUCAAGCACAAGCCAGCAGAGCUGACCAAGUCCUUGCUUCCUAUAGGUUCAUCCCCAACUCUGUAUUGUGGACCAU